UUCCGGUUUCCGUGAGCGCCUAUUUGCGCUAAGGACCAGACCCGGAACGCUUUGGAGGACGGACCGCAGAGGUUGUCUGAAGGCCGAGGCGAAGAUGGUGGCGCUGGCGGCUCCUGGUCUCUUCUGUGUGCGGAUCCUGGGCCUACGGUCCAGCAUAGACACAGUGGCCCAGGUGCGCAGAGUCCAUCAGAGUGUGGCCACCGAGGGCCCAAGCAGCACACAGUCUGCUGUGACCAAGGCUGCAGGGGGGGCUGUGGUUCCCAAGCCCUCCCAUCUUCCCAGAAACCGGGCCGAGUAUGUGGUGGCCAAGCUGGAUGACCUCAUCAACUGGGCACGCCGUAGCUCCCUGUGGCCAAUGACCUUUGGCCUGGCAUGCUGCGCGGUGGAGAUGAUGCACAUGGCCGCCCCACGGUACGACAUGGACCGCUUUGGUGUGGUGUUCCGUGCCAGCCCGCGUCAGGCCGAUGUGAUGAUUGUAGCUGGCACACUUACCAACAAGAUGGCCCCUGCACUCCGCAAGGUGUACGACCAGAUGCCUGAGCCUCGCUAUGUGGUGUCCAUGGGGAGCUGUGCCAAUGGUGGGGGCUACUACCACUACUCCUACUCGGUGGUACGAGGCUGUGACCGUAUUGUGCCCGUGGACAUCUAUGUGCCAGAGUGGGUAUCGAGAGGCCCAACACAGCAAGGACACUUCAGAGUACCCCAAGAGUCCUCCAUGUGGGCCCGUGGGGUCUCAGCAUGUGUGUCCUUCAGGCUGCCCGCCCACAGCUGAGGCGCUGCUCUACGGAAUCCUGCAGCUGCAGCGGAAAAUCAAGCGUGAGCAGAAGCUGAAGAUCUGGUACCGCAGGUAGAGCCGCCAGGCCGAGUGGCUCAGCUCCGGAACCCCAGUGUGAAUAAACCCACUCUAGUCCUG